CUCCUGCAAACCUAACCACGUCUUUCAUUCUUUUGGUAGGUUGCAUUUCCUCCCUACUUGUGAACAAUGCCAAAGAAAGCAAAGCCUACAGAAAGGGGGAAGGCAGAAGAAUCUGUUCCCUGCAAGCAGGUGAAGGUGGAGGUAUCUGGCAGGCUUUCUGUAUUAAAUUUUGACAGCCCCAGUAGUCUUUUUGAAAGUUUAAUCUCACCUGUCAAGGUAGAGACCUUUUUCAAGGAAUUCUGGGAACAAAAGCCUCUUCUCAUUCAGAGGGAUGACCCUUCGCUGGCCACAUACUACCAGUCUCUGUUCAGACUCUCAGAUCUGAAAAGUCUCUGCAACCAAGGGGUGUACUACGGAAGAGAUGUGAACGUCUGCCGGAGCAUCAGUGGGAAGAAGAAGGUUUUAAAUAAGGACGGCAAAGCACACUUUCUUCAGCUGAGAAGAGACUUUGAUCAGAAGAGGGCGACAAUUCAGUUCCACCAACCGCAGAGGUUUAAGGAUGAGCUUUGGAGGAUCCAGGAGAAGCUGGAAUGCUACUUUGGUUCCUUAGUGGGCUCGAAUGUAUACAUAACUCCUGCAGGAUCUCAGGGCCUUCCUCCCCAUUAUGAUGAUGUGGAGGUUUUUAUUCUGCAGCUGGAGGGGGAGAAACACUGGCGCCUGUACUCCCCAACUGUGCCCCUGGCACACGAGUACAGUGUGGAGCCUGAGGACCGCAUUGGCACACCAACACAUGACUUCCUGCUGAAGCCUGGUGAUUUGUUGUACUUCCCCAGAGGGACCAUUCAUCAGGCAGAAACUCCUGCAGGCCUGGCCCACUCGACUCACGUGACCAUUAGCACCUACCAGAACAAUUCAUGGGGAGAUUUCCUUUUGGAUUCCAUUUCGGGGCUUGUAUUUGACACUGCAAAGGAAGAUGUGGCAUUAAGGGCUGGAAUGCCUCUACGGAUGCUCAUGCAGGCGGAAACCCCAGCUCUUGCAACAAAACAGUUGAGCGACUUUCUGAGGACUCUGGCAGACCAGCUGGAAGGUAGAAAAGAACUGCUGCCAUCAGACAUGAAGAAGGAUUUCAUCAUGCACAGACUCCCCCCUUACCACAUGGGAAAUGGAACAGAGAUGCUGGAGCCAGGUGAAAAGUUGCCAAGAUUGGACAGCAUAGUAAGACUGCAAUUUAAAGACCACAUUGUCCUCACAGUAGGGCCAGAUGAGAAUGACUCUGACGAAGCUCAACGGAAGAUGGUUUACAUCUAUCAUUCUCUGAAGAACCUGAGACAGACACACAUGAUGGGAACACAGGUGGAAACAGAGGCUUAUGGACUUCGCUUUCCUUUAUCACAUGUGGAUGCUCUAAAGCAAAUUUGGAGUGGUUCAGCGGUUCCUGUCAAGGACCUGAAACUUCAUACAGAUGAAGAAAAGGAGAACCUGGCCCUGUCUCUCUGGACGGAGUGUUUGAUCCAAGUAGUCUAGUGCCUUUACACACAGAAGUGCCAUUUUCUCUGCACACACUUUCUGUGAAGGGACUCGUGGUGCUCUGAGUAGCACUCUGGUGGAGGCAAGCUUACACAAAGGAGCAGGGAGAAGACACUGAUACGUUUCCACAUGUGCUCGUGGACAUGAGAGGGAAAACAGAAUUACCAGGUAUUCCAGACUGUGAUAAAACCAUACUUCUGACAAGUUUAUUUAAUCCAGUGUUGUAGAAAAGGCACAACUCCAGUACAUGUGUCACAAAGAA